AUGGCGUCACCGCCGCACAAGAGGGAGUCGUUUGACUUCGCGGAUCCACCCGCGCAGGAGGCCAUGGGAUCUGCCUCCGCGUCCUACAGCCCUCCCGGAGGCGUCUUCGGCCUCUCCGCGCCGGAGUCAUCGCGUCGCGACAGCCGAAAGAGAAGGAAAGACAGACCUUCAUGGGUCAAGAAUACGUUCACACCUCAUUUUGACGGUCACCUGUGGAGAAAGUACGGCCAGAAAAACAUCAAGGACUCUGUCUUCCCCAGGCUUUAUUACAGAUGCUCUUACCGUGAAGACAAGCAAUGCCUUGCCUCGAAGCUGGUGCAACAGGAGAACCACGAGGACCCACCGCUGUUCAAGGUCACCUACACGUACGAGCACACGUGCAACAGCGCUCCCGUCCCAACUCCCGAUGUCGUGGCCGAGCUGCCGGCGCCGGCAACUGGCGACGCGCUCUUUCUGAGGUUCGACUCCACCGGCGCAGGCCACCGAGAUGCGCACCGGAUCGAGCAGGAACGGCAUUACCAGCAGCCUGCGGCACCCGGGUCUGGGUGGCCGUCCAUGAUGCUGAGCUUUGAUUCCAAUAGCCAGCAGCACGAGCAGUGUACGUUCCCUUCCGAGCUGCCGCCGGCUGCAUCGUCGUCGUUUUCGACCGAGGGGUUGCCAGCGCCGCCGUCGACGACCGAUGGCGGAGGCGACGGGUUCUCGACGUGGGACUCGUUGAGAUACGGGUUAAAUGACCAUGUGCACUUCGGCGACCAUCCGUAUCUCCCAAACAGUGGUAAUGAUGGUGACGAUAACUACUGACCGUCUGUCUGGCCGCAUGCACACACGAGCAUAAAACUGUCAUUGUUUGACCUGGAAUUAUAUGAAGUUAAUACAUAUUCUUU